UGUCAUUGUGCAAAACAGCUGAUUAGUGAUUGGUAGCUGAAUGUGCUUGGACAUGGCGAUUUGUUCUCAAAUAUAUUCUAAUGAAAAUUGAAUCAAAACAAAAAUGGAUGUGGUCGGCCUCUUGAAUAACAUCCAUGAUAAAACGGACAUGUUUGCUGUUAAAACAUGGACCUCGGAGUGGACGAACAGUUUCCAAGAUAAUCAAUUGCUGUGGUCUUUUUGCGGCUGUGUGAUAGUGUCACUUCUCGUGGUAUUCUUCUAUUAUUACAAACGAUGGCGUUCAAAAGAGCUCUCAGGAUGUACGGGUACAACGGCGACCGGAGAGCCGGCGAAACGUUUUCGAAAGCGGGACAAAAUGCUCUUCUACGGGAGGCGGAUGUUGAGAAAAGUCAAAUCUAUCUCAAAUUCUGGACAAGGCCGGAAACGCCGCGCCGUCAUGAGGUUCGCGAGGAAACUGUUACAGCUCAAGAAGGAAUCGGCUCCUGAGCAACUCAAGGUAUUGGAACCUCCAGCGGAAUAUCUAGAAGAAGACUUGACCAGCGACGAUCGAGUACCGCCGGACGCGCUGUACAUGUUGCACAGCAUUCGAGUAUUUGGACACUUCGAGAAACCAGUCUUCCUUAUGCUCUGCAAACACACUGAAAUACUUAACCUACCGGCGGGUUCAUUUCUAUUUAAAGUCGGCGAUACGGACGAAAAUGUUUAUGUCGUCCAAACGGGUCGCGUCAAUGUUUACAUCACGAAUCAGGACGGCAGCAGCCUCUCGUUGAAGAUUGUACGAGCCGGAGAGAGUGUGACGUCACUGCUCAGUUUCACUGAUGUUCUAACGGGUCAUUCUCAACCGUACAAAACUGUCAAUGCAAAAGCAUUAGAAGACUCGCAAGUGAUAAAACUGCCGAUGAGAGCAUUCCAGGAGGUGUUCAAAGAGUAUCCAGAUAUAUUCGUUAGGGUAAUACAGAUAAUCAUGGUGCGUCUACAAAGGGUGACUUUUACCGCUCUCCAUCAGUAUCUUGGGUUGAGUGCCGAAUUAGUUAAUCCUGGUCGAGAUAAACGUCGUCCGACUACAAUGCCAUCUCCCGCGAAGACCAGUAAAGUUGUAGACACUGGUACCACUAUGCACUCCCCUCACCACAGUGAACGAGCCUUUUCUGAACAUUUGCAGGAGGGUCAAGGGUCUUCACCUAUCCACAUUCAGGGCAGGAAGCCGAGACCAGACAUGGUUCCCGAUAUCACAUCUAACACCCCACAGAACACUCCACAGCAGCAGCCCGACGUCCAGCCAACCUCAUCGUUUCAAAGGCCCAGGGAAGGUUCCUCGGUUAAGAAGCAUUAUACUGAUAAUUUGGAUGAACAGGCCUUAAUAGAAAUAGCAACGGAAGCGUUCGUCAAAGAGUUGGGUCUGGAUGACGAUCAAAUACUGAAAGGGAAUGUUCAAGUAAGAGACCUGCCCGCUGGUACAUACAUCAUGAAGGAAGAGAGCCAUAAGCUAUAUUACAGUGUCAAGGGUGAGCCGGAAAUUGUUCAGGACGUGGCGCUCGUGUAUCUGCUAUCGGGUGCUCUGCUCGUGUCUCAGAAAGUCGCUGAGGGAGAGGGGGAAGUGCACAUGUUCACUGCAUAUCCGGGCGAAGUCGAAGGCGGUCUGGCAGUACUGACUGGGGAGCCUAGCUUUUUCUCAAUUCGAGCAAAACAUUUCUCCCGUAUCGGUCUUCUGUCCAAGACUACAGUGUACAGCAUCAUGAGGGAGCGACCAUCAGUGGUGUUGCACAUUGCCAACACGGUCGUGCGUCGUCUCUCGCCUUUUGUUAGACAAGUGGACUUCGCUUUGGAUUGGGUAUUCCUGGAAUCAGGGCGAGCGGUGUACCGUCAAGACGAGGAGUCGGGAUCCACGUUUAUAGUGCUCAGCGGACGAUUGCGUUCCGUCAUAACUCAUCCCAAUGGAAAAAAAGAACUUGUCGGUGAAUACGGCAAGGGAGAUUUAGUUGGUAUUGUGGAAAUGGUGACUCAAACUCGUCGUAGUACGACAGUGAUGGCGGUCCGCGAUUCUGAACUAGCGAAGCUUCCAGAAGGUCUCUUCAACGCGAUUAAGCUCCGAUUCCCAGUGGUCGUCACGAGGCUCAUUAACUUGUUAGGACACAGAAUCUUAGGCUCGUGGCAGAAGCCGACGGCGGGGCUGGGCGGCGCGGCGGCGAUGGAGUCCCGCCCGUCGCAGCACAACUUCUCCACCGUGGCCGUCGUGCCCGUCAGCGACGACGUGCCGCUCACCGCCUUCACCUACGAGCUCUACCACUCGCUCUGCGCCAUCGGACCAACAGUACGUCUGACGUCCGACGUUAUAAGAAAACUUUUGGGACUCACCAUAAUGGACCCCAACAAUGAAUACCGUCUCAGCUCCUGGCUCGCUCAACAGGAAGACAAACACAAGAUGGCGUUAUACCAGUGCGAUCCAAGCCUCACGCAGUGGACCCAGCGUUGUAUUCGUCAAGCCGACUGCAUUUUGAUUGUCGCUUUGGGAGAUAAGCAACCGAGCAUUGGAAAAAUCGAAAAAGAAAUCGAACGUCUAGCGAUUCGAACUCAGAAGGAACUGGUGCUGCUGCACCGCGAGGGCGGCCCCAACCCCUCGGGCACCGUGCACUGGCUCAACAUGCGCACGUGGGUCAGCCAGCACCACCACGUGCGCUGUCCGCACCGCAUGUUCACCAGGAAGAGCCAGUAUCGCAUUAGCGAGCUGUAUAGCAAGGUGCUGAUGUCGGAGGCGAGCGUGCACUCGGACUUCUCUCGCCUGGCGCGCUGGCUCACCGGCACGGCCGUGGGGCUCGUGCUCGGGGGGGGCGGCGCGCGGGGCGCCGCGCACGUUGGCAUGAUACGCGCCAUACAGGAAGCAGGCAUUCCUAUCGACAUGGUAGGUGGAGUGAGCAUCGGAGCAUUCAUGGGAGCCCUGUGGUGUAUGGAACGCAAUAUCACAACUGUUACGCAGAAGGCAAGAGAAUGGUCGAAGAAAAUGACGCAAUGGGGCAAACAGCUACUAGACCUCACGUACCCCGCCACAUCAAUGUUCUCCGGCAAACAGUUCAACGCCACCAUUAAAACUACAUACGGCGAGGUUCACAUCGAGGAUCUAUGGCUACCGUACUUCACUGUGACCACCGACAUCAGCUCCAGUUGUAUGAGAGUCCAUCGCCAUGGCAUAUUAUGGAGAUACUGUCGAGCUUCGAUGAGCAUCGCUGGCAUAUUUCCACCGAUUUGUGAUCCCACCGACGGACAUCUGCUUUUGGACGGCUGCUAUGUUAACAACGUACCAGCUGAUGUAAUGAGAUCUCUUGGUGCCAAACACAUCCUAGCCAUAGAUGUGGGCUCCCAAGAUGAUACCGAUCUCACAAACUAUGGAGAUGACUUGUCGGGCUGGUGGUUACUUUGGAAACGAUGGAAUCCAUUUACGACACCGGUAAAAGUACCGAAUCUUCCUGAUAUUCAGAGCAGACUCGCUUAUGUAUCUUGCAAUCGGCAGCUCGAGGAAGUAAAGAAAUCCGACUACUGCGAAUACAUCCGACCGCCGAUCGACGCGUACAAGACGCUCCAGUUCGGAUCGUUCGAUGAAAUCCGCGAGGUGGGCUACCGCCACGGCUCCGCCUACUUCGAGGGCCAGCGGCGCGGGGGCGGCGGGGGCGUCAGCGGCGCCGCCGCCGCCGACGGCCGCAAGCACGACGCGCAGCCCGCGCUCACCGACUACACGUUCACGGACCUGGCGCAGAUGGUGUGCUCGGUGCGCACGGCGCGCGACGUCGACAACGAGUCGUCGUCGUCGUCCGACUACGACGACCAGCGACACUUCGAGGGGUACGCGUCCGAGCCCAGCGGGGGACUCCUCGGGAUGUCGUCAAGCGUAGAGGACGGCGGUGCGUGGAUCAGCGACACGGAACUGGAGGGUUUGCGCACUCGUCGAGUUGGCGGAUCCCUCUCGCUGUCAGAGGACGAAAUGGACUCCGAAGCAGAGAUGUACGACCCCCUCAACAAACGUGGGGGAGGUAGAUGAGACCCGACCUUGCACGAUCUGUGCAAGGCGCUCUACACAUACGUGCAAGAUGAGAAGGAGAACGGUGAAUAGCUGUCUCGCUCGGCUGGAACUUUUGUAGUGACUAGUGUGUACGUAUGACGUUUGUACUAGACGAUUUGUAUUGUCAUGGUGUGACUUUGCACAGUAAUUGUGCAAUUUCACUGAAAUAGUUGACAAUUUUUGUGCUACAAAGUUUAAUAAUAUCGUAUCAAUUAUUGUAGACAAUUUAAGUUCGUCAUCAAUUCGUGUUAAAAAAAACAAAGUUUGCCAAUUAUCUGAAGAAAAACAGCGAAAGACGUUUUAUAAAUGCUUAGCAAGAGAGAGAGAGCGCUGACUAGCUGUCUCACAUGCAUGGUUGCACAAUGCAAGUAGCAUUCAUGCCGAUAAUACAUUGUUAUACAAUUUGGUUGCUAAGACGUAGGGAUUAAAAAAUUACUAUGAUAAUAAUUGCUAUUCAAUUCAUUAUUAAAACAUAAAAUAGUAAAAUUCUAUGUAUUGUAAUUGUAAUAUUACAUCUGCUGUGAAUUUGAUAAAAUCUAUGAAAGAUAAUUGAACGUAGAAUAUUGAGUCCAAUGUGCAAAGGAAAUAAAUAGUGCACGAUUGUCAUAUUUUAAAGGUUGCCGCUAUAGGAAUAAAGCAACUUAAGUUUAUUUUAUUGCGUUUUGAUAAAUUUGUCUUCCAAAUUUCUCAAAUAUGCUUCAUUCGUGAUAGCUUAAAUUGUGAUUUCUGUAAAUAUUAAAAAAUUAAAAGUAUCUGUUUAUAUUUGAAAGGAAUCGGAAAAGUCGACGUUUGUGCAUAGUGUUUAAGUAACUUAUAUAAUAUGUAUAAUUUUUUUUAAAUAAUCUUAAUAAUUAUAGCCAAGUGAUGCGUUUCCACUCAAAUUGAUGGCAAUUUCUGUUUGUUCCAACAAAAACAACAUUGUUUCCAUUUUUUUUCAAUAUAUCAAGGUAAAAAUAUGUCUUGUAGAAAAUGUCCGAUAACUUCCCUUUUGUACAUACGCAGCAGCUGUAUAUAAUAUGAUUGAAUAAAUUUACAUUAGACAUUUGUAUUUUUAAAAAAUAUUGUUUUUAAUUAUCAUAAAUGUUUAACUGUUAUUAGUAAUAGGAUGAAAUACAAAAUAUACUCAUUUUUAAAAUUAGUCCACAGAUAAUAAAACGCACAAGAAUGUUAUUUAAUGCAGUAACUCGACAGGCUGUCUAUAUUUGUUUAUUCUUAUCUUUGAACGGCAACACGAUUGAAAAUAUUUUUUACUGAAGACAAUUUCUGUUAGCUUGUGAUUUAGGAAAUGCAUUAACAGAAUUGUAUGUACUCUGUACACACCCUGAAAUAGCAAGCUAAUAGAAAUAAGCAUAACCUCCCUCGGCUUUGAAACUUAAGCGUUGCUUAGAGGUUGUUUAAACAUUGAUUUCUCUCUCUCUGUCACCAUUGAUUUGACAUUCGAAAGACGAAGACAGCAUUGUUUAACUGAUCCCCCGCUUAACAACGUUUAAAGGCAAAGUCUUUAGUUAAAAGUAGUUUCGACUGUAAUUUUAAAUAUAAAAAUAAAUCUUGGAAUAUACAUAAUUGUAAUUAAUGAAAUUUUAAUAUUCCAAAGAGUAUCUGUGAUUAGUUUCAAAGUUAAUCUGCUGUGAAUAGCUUCCAAUAUUCUAUUAAGUGUACAUAAGACCUUGUUUACUAGUGUAGUUAAUGUAUUAUAUUAUGCCAAAUUCGAUUGAUAUUUGAAAACUAUUCGCUUACAAUAUUUCCAGUGUUCACGCAAAAUAGAAUAAAAAAUUCAAAUUAUUUAUUAUUAGAAAUCAAUUUUACAAAAUAUUUGUAAUUUACGAUUUUGUAAUUUAUUAUUAGGUAUUUAUAAAAAAAGUGAUCCGUUUAUGAAUAUUGACUUAAAAAUUGCGAUUUUUCCGAAAUUCGUCUAUUUUUUGGACUGGAUUUGAAUAAAUGCGGCGCAUUAUCGUCAUACUAUUAAAUAAAAUUUACUGCAAUUUUAAACGUUCAUGUAUUAAUAUAUAUAUUAAAUAUUCCAUCAUUAUUAUUAUUAUAUAUAAACAUCAAAUAGUACGCAGUGCCAUAUAUAAUCGAUAGCAGCUUCUCUUCUGUCAAGUUUGACACGAUGAUAUCGUACGUCGUAUUAUGUACUUAGUACACAUAUAUGCAGCUUACUAUAUAAGGCUUAACAUGUAAAAUAUAAAUAGUUCUAACAUCUGAUUGUUAGACCUACUAAUAUUAAUGUAAAAUCUUAAAGAUUUUCAGUAUAUUGAUGUAAAACUUAAUAUUUGUAUGUAUGGGUAAAAUUUUGUAUGGAAAUUACCGAAGGAAUAGUCGUAAGAACGCCAAUGAUGGCACAAACAUUUAGCAAAUUAAAAUACGAAAUGUAAUUCAAUGUAUAAUUUCAAUAAAUGCUCAAACACUGA